AGGAAAACCAAAUUAUUCAAAAUUAAAUAAGACGUGCCAUUCCCUCCUCUUCUUAUUAUAUAGUAUUCAUUUAUUUAUAGGGAGUCGAUUGGUUAAGACCACACGUCCCCCUUUAUCCUCUUUUUUCUUUAGUUAUUCAACUACAACUCUCUCUUUAGCUUUCUGAAGCAAAAGAAAGGCAACUAAUGGAUCCAUACAAGUACCGUCCGUCAAGUGCCUUCAAUUCUCCAUUCUGCACCACUAAUUCUGGUGCUCCUGUUUUUAACAACAAUUCAUCUCUUACUGUUGGUGCAAGAGGUCCUGUAUUGCUUGAGGAUUACCAUUUGGUGGAGAAACUUGCCAAUUUUGACAGGGAACGUGUCCCUGAACGUGUUGUUCAUGCCCGGGGUGCUAGUGCCAAAGGGUUUUUCGAAGUUACCCAUGACAUCACUCACCUUACCUGUGCUGAUUUCCUUCGAGCUCCUGGUGUCCAGACUCCCGUCAUUGUUAGAUUCUCCACUGUUAUACAUGAGAGGGGUAGUCCUGAAACUCUGAGGGACCCUCGUGGUUUUGCUGUCAAGUUCUACACCAGAGAGGGAAACUUUGAUCUGGUAGGGAACAACUUCCCUGUCUUCUUCAUCCGUGAUGGAAUGAAGUUCCCUGACAUGGUCCACGCGCUGAAGCCAAAUCCUAAAUCCCAUAUCCAGGAGAAUUGGAGGAUCCUUGAUUUUUUCUCUCAUGUUCCUGAAAGCCUGCACAUGUUCACUUUCCUCUUCGACGAUAUUGGUAUUCCACAAGAUUACAGGCAUAUGGACGGUUCUGGUGUCCACACAUUCACAUUGAUCAACAAGGCUGGGAAAUCAACCUAUGUGAAGUUCCACUGGAAGCCCACAUGUGGUGUCAAGUCCUUGUUGGAAGAAGAAGCAGCCCGUAUCGGAGGAGCAAAUCACAGCCACGCUACUCAGGACCUCUAUGACUCUAUUGCCGCUGGAAAUUAUCCUGAAUGGAAGCUCUUCAUUCAGACUAUGGAUCCAGAUCAUGAAGACAGAUUUGAUUUCGAUCCACUUGAUGUUACGAAAACUUGGCCAGAGGAUAUCUUGCCUUUGCAGCCGGUGGGAAGAUUAGUUCUGAACAAGAACAUUGAUAACUUCUUUAAUGAGAAUGAGCAGCUAGCUUUCUGCCCUUCUAUUGUGGUUCCAGGGGUUUAUUACUCUGAUGAUAAGAUGCUUCAAACUCGUAUUUUCUCCUACUCUGAUACCCAGAGGUAUCGACUUGGACCAAACUAUUUGCAACUUCCUGCUAAUGCUCCAAAGUGCGCUCAUCACAACAAUCACUACGAUGGCUCCAUGAAUUUUAUGCACAGGGAUGAGGAGAUCGACUACUUCCCUUCAAGGUAUGAUCCUGUUCGCCAUGCUGAGAAGUAUCCUAUUCCUUCUACAAUGUGCACUGGCAAACGCGAGAAGUGUGUCAUUCAGAAAGAGAAUAAUUUCAAGCAACCAGGAGAAAGGUAUCGCUCGUUCACACCAGACAGGCAAGAACGCUUUAUUCGUCGGUGGGUGGAGGCCUUGUCUGAUCCUCGGAUCACUUACGAGAUACGCAGCAUUUGGAUCUCAUACUGGUCUCAGGCUGACAAAUCUCUGGGUCAGAAGCUUGCUUCUAGGCUUAAUGUAAGACCAAGCAUAUGAAGAUGAAGCUUUUAAUGGUUUCGGAGGAGAUGAUCUAAAUGCGCGAGUCUCAAGGCAUUAAUAACUCAUUCCAGUCGUAUAAGCAAGAUGUAUAAUGUGGUGGCGAUCAUAUUAAGAUGAAAUAACUAGAGCACUCCUAAUACAUAUGCAUUCAUUAUUGUGUUGCUGUUAUAUGAAUGAGUGAAACAAUGGAAGUUACAGAUAAUAUUUCUUUUCUUGUACUAUACUUAUUUAUCAUCAA